AUGUCGUCGUUGUCUUCUGGGACUAGUCUCCGCAGAUCAUGUCAUGGUUGUGUCAAGGUUAAGCGACGAUGUGAUUUGCUCUUCCCGGAGUGCAGCAGAUGCUUUAAGAAGGGUGUGCGCUGCCAAUACAUCAAUAUCCCUCUGUCGAGCCGAACGACUCCGCCGGGUGACGGUCACAGUAACAAUGGAAGGGUCACCAAGCUGACAAAUACGCGGCACCAUCAACAACAUCAGCAGCAGCAACAGCAACAGCGGAAAAUCCACAAUGCGGUUGUUGUUGGCACCAUAAAGGCGGAAAUAGUGCAAGCGAACAAUACUGAAACGAUUGUAGUUAGACUGCCGAAGCGAACUAUGUCAUCGAGUGAUGUAGCAAGUGAUGAGAGGAGUGUCUCCAGCGAUGAUAGUAUCGGCAGCAGUCCUAACAGUGACAAAAAUGAAGAUAUUCCUUGGAUACGACCGGCAUUAGAUAUGGAGAUCCGAAAACAACAUUCCCCGUAUAUUGUCGACUUGGUCGCCAAUGUCGUGCGUCAGGCUCCGAGACUAUUUAUCCAGGGUCAGUCAUUUUUUAUCCAUCCUUGCGUCUACAGCAAAUCCCUGCCGCGGCCGGUCCGCGAAAUCCGUGCGUUAUGUGCGCUUUAUGAGAACGAUAGCGACGACUACCAACUCUCUUCUGUCAAGUUAUCGACCUUCCUUCAACAUCAAAUCUUCUCGUUGAUUCAAACCGCGAAUAAAACCACCGACUUUGAAGAACUGGUCGCAUGCGUUCAAGCACUCACACUGGCGCACUGUCUGCAGUUGUCGGAAGGAAAUAUUCAAGGCCCGGCGGUUGAAAAGUCUCUCGAAUUUCUGGCUGCUCUUGCACACAGAAUGUGGUAUCUGGUACCUCGUGAAUUGCCGAGUAGCAUGUCACCAUGGCACGCCUGGAUGUUUGGCGAGACCGUCCGUCGUACGAUUGUUUUCUCGCAUCUCGUCAUUGCUGCAUUUAGUUUCUUGACUCGUGGCUAUGCCUGCCGUACGCCUUUCAUCGAUGCACUUCCUUUCGAUGGCCGUACAUAUCUGUGGGACACAAGAUCGGAGCAAGAUUGGGCCAAGUACAGUACACAUCAGGAUUUCCCCAUGGUGUCGGUUAUUGAGUAUGCCAAUCUUUUACAAGCUGGUCGCGCUCUAUGUUUCUCUUCCUUUGAGGGCUUGAUCAUAGCCACGUGUCGUGGGUUGGAGUUGCCUAUUCAUGAGCCGUCGAAGGUGAUGCAAAUGUAA